GCCAGGUUCUGCCAAAAUGGAGCUGAGUGAUGCCAAUUUACAGACUUUAACUGAGUAUCUAAAGAAAACACUAGAUCCAGAUCCUGCCAUAAGGCGUCCUGCGGAAAAGUUUCUUGAGUCAGUUGAAGGAAGCCAGAAUUAUCCGUUGUUACUCUUAACACUGCUGGAGAAAUCACAGGAAAAUGUCAUCAAAGUUUGUGCAUCUGUAACGUUCAAGAAUUAUAUUAAAAGGAACUGGAGAAUUGUUGAGGAUGAACCGAACAAAAUAUGUGAAUCAGACAGGAUAGCCAUUAAAGCCAACAUAGUGCCCUUGAUGCUUAGCAGCCCAGAACAAAUUCAAAAGCAGUUAAGUGAUGCUAUUAGUAUUAUUGGUCGGGAAGACUUUCCUCAGAAAUGGCCAGACUUACUGACAGAAAUGGUGAAUCGCUUUCAAAGUGGAGAUUUUCAUGUCAUUAAUGGCGUCCUUCGCACUGCUCACUCUUUAUUUAAAAGGUACCGCCAUGAAUUUAAGUCAAAUGAAUUAUGGACAGAGAUCAAACUUGUCCUUGAUGCCUUUGCUUUGCCCUUGACCAAUCUCUUUAAGGCAACUAUUGAACUUUGCAGCACACAUGCAAAUGAUGCUAGUGCUUUGAAGGUUCUCUUUUCUUCUCUCAUUCUAAUUGCGAAGCUGUUCUACAGUUUAAAUUUUCAGGAUCUUCCCGAGUUUUUUGAAGAUAACAUGGAAACGUGGAUGACAAAUUUUCAUAGUCUUUUAACUUUAGAUAAUAAACUUUUGCAGACUGAUGAUGAAGAGGAAGCCGGAUUACUGGAGCUCUUGAAAUCACAAAUUUGCGAUAAUGCUGCUUUAUAUGCUCAAAAAUAUGAUGAAGAAUUCCAGCCCUACCUGCCACGCUUUGUAACAGCAAUCUGGAAUCUGUUAGUCACAACAGGCCAGGAAGUGAAAUAUGACUUGCUGGUUAGUAAUGCAGUCCAGUUUCUGGCCUCAGUUUGUGAGAGACCACAUUACAAGCAUCUGUUUGAAGACCAGAAUACAUUGACAAGCAUUUGUGAAAAGGUUAUUGUUCCCAAUAUGGAGUUUAGAG